UUCUGGCAGCUUACUCCUCCAAGUCUUUUAGUGUGUAAAUUAAGCAUACCGUUUUUAUUCUCCCAAUGAGAGCAAGGGGAUUUUCAAAUGUUCCAUAGCAUCGUCGACGCCACUGCACCAGGAUCCAAAAUUCAGUACUAUUGUAUAUGUAUUAGUAAUGGUGGUACAGUAUGUGGAUGCGCACCUAAAGCAUCGGUUUAUGUUGAAAUUUUAUCGUAUACGUAAAGACAAACAACGGGAAUAUUAUUUGGAAAACAUUAUUAAUGAAGUUUUCCAAAUACUUCAUUCAUCAUUUGUGUGACUUUAAUGUGAAAAACAAUAUCAAUCAGUCCAUUCUUUUCAAUUUGCUCUAAAUUUCAAACUCAUAAAGAAAUAGUAAAGAGAGAGAGAGAGUGAAUCAGUCAUGGCAAUCAUGAUUCAACAUCGUUCAAUAACAUUUGAGAGCUUCUGGAGAGCGUUUUAUAUAGCAAUUAUAGUGCUCAUCGUAUCUAUAAAUUUAUCGACAGCGGUUAUGGAACAACUUUCGCCUGAUAAAGGAUUCUGUGAAUAUGAAAAUUCGUGGAGUUUUUAUUACGAAAUGCCGUGCUGUAGUCACUCAAAUAGUCAUCAUUUGCGACAUCACAAAGAAAACGUACGUGAGUUCACUUGCGGAAAACUUUACUAUCGAACCUUCCAGUUGGACGAAGAGAGAGAUGCAUUAUACGUUGGAGCUAUGAACCGUGUGUAUCGGCUGAAUUUAAAGAACAUCAGCCUCUCAGGAUGUGAGAAAAAUCACUUGUUGCUUGAACCAACCGAGUCCGAUGUUAGAGACUGCAUUUCAAAAGGGAAGACACAACGUUUCGAAUGUCGGAACCACAUCCGUGUGAUACAGUCAAUGGAAAAUGGAAAUCGACUAUAUAUAUGCGGAACCAAUGCUCAUUCGCCAAAGGACUAUGUAAUAUAUAGUAUUACAUAA